AGAGCAACGCACGCGGGAGACAGAACUUUGAGGAGGCAUCCUGCCCGCGCGUUUCAUGCGUGGUGCGCGCAGGUGGCGUGCGGUCCCUGCGCCCCCGCGAAGGUGACAGGAAGCUUUCCACCCAGGCGAGUGAGGAGGGCGGGCAGGAAGCCGCGCCAGCGCCGGAGAAAGAAAGACUCUAAUUCCCAGCCCCCCGCCCCACGGGGUGUGGGGGCCGGCGGCGCAUGCGCGAGGCCCGGCCCCCAAUUCCCCCAGCGAGGGAAGAAGGAAGGCCCCCGGCGGCCGGGAGGCUGCGAGCCGCAGCGGGACCCGGACGCUCACAGGGGCGCGGCGGCGGCCGGGACGAGCGGGGCUGCGCAGGCGGCGGUGGAGACCAACCGCGUGCAGGCACCCGAGGGCAGCGCCGGCUCGGCCCUGGGAGGGGCCUGGCGCCCGCAGCCCCCAACCCCGGACAGGAAUGGGGUGCGCCCUGAGAGCCCGGUAGCCUCGGAUUGCGGCGCUGCAUACCCGAUGAUGGAUGAGCCGUGGUGGGAAGGGCGCGUCGCAUCGGACGUCCACUCCACCCUGCGCGAGAAGGAGCUGAAGCUGCCCACCUUCCGAGCCCACUCCCCACUCCUGAAGAGCCGCCGGUUCUUUGUCGACAUCCUGACCCUGCUGAGCAGCCACUGCCAGCUCUGCCCUGCGGCUCGACAUCUGGCCAUCUACCUGCUGGACCACUUCCUGGAUCGCUACAACAUCACCACCUCCAAGCAUCUGUACGCCGUAGCAGUCUCCUGCCUCCUGCUUGCAAGUAAGUUCGAGGAUAGGGAAGACCAUGUACCCAAGCUGGAGCAGAUAAAUAGUACGAGGAUCCUGAGCGGCCAGAACUUCACCCUCACCAAGAAGGAGCUGCUGAGCACAGAGCUGCUGCUCCUGGGGGCCUUCAGCUGGAACCUCUGCCUGCCCACGCCCGCCCACUUCCUGGACUACUACCUCUUGGCCUCCGUCAGCCAGAAGGACCACCACUGCCACAGCCGGCCCCCCACCUGCCCCCGCAAGACCAAAGAGUGCCUCAAGGAGUAUGCCCACUGCUUCCUAGAGGUCGCCCUGCAAGAUCACAUUUUCUAUAAAUUCCAGCCUUCCGUGGUUGCUGCAGCCUGUGUUGGAGCCUCUAGGAUUUGCCUUCAGCUUUCCCCCUACUGGACCAGAGACCUACAGAGGAUCUCAAAUUACUCCCUGGAACAUCUCAGCACAUGUAUCGAAACCCUGCUGGUAGCUUAUGACAACGUCCUCAAGGACGCCGUCGCAGGUAAGAGCCAGGCCUUGGCGAUGGUACCUGGCACACUGCCAACCCCUACCCAGGUGCUGUUCCAGCCACCCACCUACCCUGCUCUCAGCCAGCCAGUGCCACCAGCCCUGGCACAAUUCCAGACCCCCGUGCAGGACCUAUGCUUGGCCUAUCGGGAUGCACUACAGGCCCACCAUCCGGGGAACCUGCUCUCAGGGGUCCCUGGCUCAUCGCUCCAUACCCUGUACCCCUCCCUCCAGCCCCUGGACAUGUGUCCCGUCCCCCUCAGCAUGCAGAUGGCCAUCGCAGCGGAGCCCAGGCACUGCCUUGCCACCACCUAUGGAAACAGCUACUUCAGUGGGAGCCACGCAUUCCCCACAAGCUGUUUUGACAGAUAGGGCACCUUUGGGCCCCACAGGAGGCCUUGGAUACCUGGGCAGAGGAAGAAGACACUGCUGAGGGGAACUGCAUGGAGUGAUUCGGCGGGGAGGCCAUCCCCACAGAGCCUCGUUGCCCUUGAAUGGAGAGGGUUGGUGCUCUCUUUAAAUAAAACUGACCCAGAGAAAACAGUCGGUGGCAUACCUCACCCAAGAGCCUUCCUCGGGAAAACAUCUUCCACGCGUGGCUGAAGUGCAAAGAAAUGGCUUAGUGGCCCUACCCUGAGUCGGGGCCCAGUGAGUUGAGAAAGGCCCAGUAAGAAGCCAGGAGACUGGGGACUGGAUGCAGACCAUGAGCUUGUCUGGAUUUUAGCAUCAGAGACUUCUUUAUUCUUUGCCGAUGGCAGCUACACUGGCAAAGAAGGGGCAGCCUGACGUGGUCUCAGGAACCCCAGUUGAGACUGUACUGGGGGCUUUUCUUUUCCUGGUUCUGUACAGAGGGGCCUGUGUGUGUGUUUAGGCCUGAGUCUCUGCCUGCCAAGGUGCAGUGGGUGGCUGUCCUCCUGUAUUAUCAAACCUAAAACCUUAUUCAGCCUUUUAGAUAUUUUAUGUGCUGCUACUUCCCAAAGUGUCCUAGCUUUCUGUUCAGUAAGAUACCUUGUUUACAUACUGUAUCAGGGAUUUUGUAAUACUUGAAAAUUCCUUAGGAGAAAACAAAUUUCCACACUGCCUGUCCCAUGCGAGGGCUGUCGGUUCUAACCUGGCUGGUGCCUGGCCCACAACUAACAACAGAGCUCCCUUUUCAAAAGCAUGUGUUUGGGGAGAAAAGCUUUGCAGGAUUUUGGUUCCAGAAGAUUGCACACCUUGGAUGCUUUGUUCACCUAUAGAACUUUGAUGACCACCCAGAGGAAGAAGGCUGUUGAAAGGUAGACAAAGGUUAAAACACAACACCCCCACCUCCCUCCAGCACAUGCCUGUAGUACAUGAGGUUAAACCCGGCCUUGGCUUUGAGUAGGCUAACAGGAAAGGAUAAUCAUGUGGAGUACUUGCUUAAAGCCAGCUGGGUUUGGGGAGCAGGGCUGUACAUGGAUGAUAUGUGAUAACCACCGUUGACAGGCAGGCAGUGGUUGGAUCGAAAGCCAGUAUUUGGGUAUCUGUAGUGAGGCUCUCAGGAAGGCUCUUUUGUAACCUUGUGCAAUAUGUUUUUAUUCUGACUUGCAGCUUAUGCUUAGUGUAUUUUUUUUUUUUCUUUUUUUUGGUUGGAUCAGGGUCUGGGGAAACUUUGUUCACUUAGCAGGACUGGGAGGUGCAGAGAACCACAGAGACAGUUUUUUUGUUUUUGUUUGUUUGUUAUCAUUAAUCUACAAUUGCAUGAAGAACAUUAUGUUUACUAGGCUCCCCCUUCACCGAGUCCCCCAUACCCCAUUACAGUCAGUGUCCAUCAGCGAGUUUUUGUUUGUUUUAUGAAGAACCCAUCUUGGUUUUCUUGGCUCCUUUGCCAGUCCAGGAGACUGUGGCAGGGCACUGCCAGGAAGGCAGCUGCAUGCUGCUGAGUCGGACCCGAAGGUGAUUUUCAGAGCAGAUGAAAGCCUCAGCUGGAGGCAGAAUACGAAGACUGGACGUGGAUGAGGCGCUGCCACUCCAUCACUAGCAUAGGAAACUGCAUGCUUGUUGUUUUUCUCUUUUCCCUUUGCCCACUCCUCUUAUUUAUGUACGACUGAUUUGGAUUCCAGGUUACCGUGUCUGCCUAUUUUGGGGCAGGACUUGUGGGGCCCCCCAGUAUAUAGCCUCACAGCCAACCUGGUCCCCAGAAAAUGGCAUCCACAAUAAAAACGUCACCUAUU